ACCGUAUCCCUGGCCAUUCCUGGCUCGCUUGUGGCAAAUGCACAAUCAGCAGAGCUACGUGCUUACCUGGUUGGCCAGAUUGCUCGUGCGGCGGUGAUCUUCCGAGCCGAUGAGAUUGUCAUCUUCAAGGAUAAGUGCACGCAGCCCGGCUUGGCACGAGGCACCACACAGGGUCACUCCAAGACUAUGAAAGAACCUGAAUUGUUUAUGGCGCGAGUCCUUGAAUAUCUCGACUGCCCACAAUAUCUUCGCAAACAUCUCUUUCCUAUUCAUCGAGAUCUCAAGUUUGCUGGUUUGCUGCCACCUUUGGAUGCACCCCACCAUACGCGAAGUUCUGACAUCAGCGUCUUUCGCGAAGGCGUCACCCUCGAGGAGCGGCCACGCAAAGGCACCGGCACUCUGGUCGAAGUUGGUUUGCGUAAAGCGGCCAUCAUCAGCAAAGUGCUUCCCCCGAAGAUGCGCGUGACUAUCAAGCUGAAUGAGGCGCAAUUGCACAAACAAAAGCUCAAAACGCUGUAUCGAGGCGAGGCUGUGGCACCAACCGAGCCUCGCCAAGCCAUGGAUCUCUACUGGGGCUACCAGGUCCGCUUAGCCGAAGACAUUGAGCAAGUGUUCAAGCAGAGCCCCUAUCCUGGAGGCUAUGACCUGACAAUUGGCAUCUCUGACAAGGGGUCGCCUCUCAACAAGCUUCAUCUGCACAAACACGCCGCUUACAAUCAUCUGCUUGUCGUGUUUGGCGGAACGGUAAGCUUGGAGGCCAUUGUAGCGGCUGACUCUGAGCUCGAAGCCCGAGACCCCACCGAGCUGUUUGACGCCUACCUCAACCCGCUGUCGGGCCAUGGUUCUCGAUCGCUGCGCACUGAGGUAUGA